AUGAGUGCCGCUGGUGCAAUGUGCGACCGGGGCUACAGCGUGGGUCACUUCCCCAUGACACCCAUGUCCAUGAGCAUUGGCAGCAUGGAAGCCGUGAUGAGCAAGAAGGGCCAAGAGGAACACAUCAAACGGCCCAUGAACGCGUUCAUGGUGUGGUCGAGGCUGCAGAGGAGGAAGAUAGCGCAGGAUAACCCAAAGAUGCACAAUUCGGAGAUAUCUAAGCGAUUGGGCGCAGAGUGGAAACUGCUUACAGAAGAUGAGAAAAGGCCGUUCAUAGACGAAGCAAAGAGACUCAGGGCUAUCCACAUGAAAGAACACCCAGAUUACAAGUAUCGGCCACGACGGAAGCCGAAGACCUUGAGAAAGGAGGGAUAUCCUUACUCAAUACCGUAUCCUAGCGUUCCUAUGGAUGCAUUAAGAGCAGGUAUGGCGGGUGGAGGAAUGGGUCAAGCUAUGUCAGGCUACUAUGGUGCAGCGUAUGGACCUCUCGGAGCCAGCAUGGCAGCAGCAGCUGCAGCAGCCGCGCAGCAGAAUGCAAUAUCAGCUGCACUAACUCCUAACGCGCAGGUCGGAAGUUCAAUGGAUAUGUCCAAAUAUUCCAUAGAAGAUAAAUACAGAAGUUACGGUAUGUACCCAGAUCCAACGAGAGGCUACCUGGACUCGGCUGCUUUGUCCAAGGCUUAUAUGUACAUGGACCAGCAGCAGCAAAGGUCCUAUCCAAUGGACAUUAGUAAGAUGUAUUCUGAAGCAUCUGCAGCAGCGAUGGCCGGCUUGAACACCGUUCCGUCCAGCCUUUCCCCUCGGUCCACGGAGUCACCAGAAGUUACUCCUAAAAACGAUCGCCCCGAAGGCAGUUCAUCCACUGGAUCUAAUCCGUCACCCUCCCUGCCGUAUUAUCAGUCCCCUAGCUUACUAAUGCCUCAAUACCCUGGGCAAUAUCCCCAGAGCACGCAGAGUGGAGAGUUUAGACGCCCGCUGACGGUAAUUUUCUGA